AUGUGCGGAAUCUUUGCAAUCUUUUCUUCAAGUCUCCCUGAGUCUGAUCUCAGAAAAGAGCUUAUCUCAUGCUCUUCCAAGCUUCGCCACCGAGGACCUGAUUGGUCUGGAUACAUUGUCAUAGAAGCUGAUCCCAGCAAAGAUGUUCCUCAUGCUCACGGAAUCGCCCACGAACGUCUUGCGAUUAUGGAUCCAGAAUCUGGAUCUCAGCCGCUCGUCUCGCGUGAUGGAAGCGUUAUUGUUGCUGCCAAUGGGGAGAUCUACAACUUCAAAGAGUUGUACGCUGAACUUAAGACCAAGUAUGAACCCCAGACUGGCUCUGACUGCGAAUGCAUCCUCCCCCUUUUUUCCGAGCAUGGACCCACCAUCGAAAUGGUGAAGAAUCUUCGAGGUAUGUUCAGUUUCAUUCUUUAUGACAGAAACACUGAUACAUACUUUGCCGCUCGCGACCACAUCGGCAUCACCCCACUGUACAUUGGGUGGGGAAACGACGGUUCACUCUACCUGGCAUCUGAAAUGAAGAGUCUGAUUGACCAUUGCACCAAGUUCGAAAACUUCCCACCUGGACACAUUUACUGCAGUAAGGGAGAGAAUGCUGGCAAAUUUGUUCGUUGGUUCACUCCAUCAUGGGCUCCUGAAAUGCUCCCGGGAGGUGAUAUGCCAACCGAAAAGUACCACGCCGAUACCCUCCGAUUUGCAUUUGAGCGUUCUGUGGUUCGUCGUAUGAUGUCCGAUGUGCCAUGGGGAGUUCUUCUUUCAGGUGGUUUGGAUUCGUCGUUGGUCGCAGCCAUUUGCUCCCGACACAUUGCUCGUCGUAACCCUCAAUUCCCCAAGCUACACUCCUUCACUAUUGGGCUUAAGAAUUCACCGGACAUUCAGGCCGCACAAAAGGUGGCUGAUAUGCUUGGAACCAUUCACCACGCCUACACGUACACCAUUGAGGAAGGUGCGGAUGCCAUUCGCGAUGUCAUCAAAACUCUUGAGACAUACGAUUUGACUACCAUUCGUGCAUCCACUCCUAUGUAUUUGAUGGCCCGUAAGAUCAAGGCCAUGGGUAUCAAGAUGGUUAUCAGUGGUGAAGGAGCUGAUGAGGUCUUUGGUGGAUAUUUGUACUUCCACAAGGCCCCAAAUGAGAGAGAGUUCUUCGACGAGACUGUUGACAAGUUGAGCCGUCUCCAUAUGUUUGAUUGUUUGCGAUGUAACAAGGCAAUGAGUGCAUGGGGAGUUGAACCACGUGUUCCAUUUCUUGAUGCUGAUUUCUUGGAUGUUGCUAUGAACUUGGACCCUAAAGAAAAGAUGAUCCACACUGGUCCUGGUGUCGCACCCGAGAACAAGAGAAUCGAAAAAUGGGCCAUCCGUAAGGCAUUUGAUACCCCAAAUGAUCCGUACCUUCCCGCUGAGAUCUUGUGGAGACAAAAGGAACAGUUCAGUGAUGGUGUCGGUUAUGGAUGGGUCGACAGUUUGAAGGACACCGCUGAAAAAGAGAUCUCUGAUCAGAUGUUUGCCAACGCUGCCAACCGCUUCCCACACAACACUCCCACCACAAAGGAGGGAUAUAGAUACCGAAUGAUUUUCGAAGAAUUUUUCCCCGGUGAGGCCGCUGAAAAGACUGUUCCUGGUGGCAAAUCUAUUGCAUGCUCCACGGAACGUGCUAUGAGCUGGGAUGAAUCUUUCAGCAAGCGUGCUGAUCCAAGUGGACGCGCCGCUGGCGUUCACGACUCUGCAUACCACACUGAAUUUGAGGCUCACGAUACGGUCGCCGUCGAACCUUCUCCAAAGAAGCAAAAGAAAUAG